AUGGGUCACCCAACUCCACAAUGGCAGUACAAAGCUACAGUACAUGGCCAAGCGUACGAAGACGACCACCACCAAAGUCGCCAAGGGGUCCAAGCUUCCGCGCAAGGUUGCUUAACAACAGCCUGCAUCACCCCGAGCGCGAACGCGCACCAAGCGACAGCUAGCCAUGGCCCUAGCCAGUCCAGCGUCCUCGGCGCCAUCGAGUCCAGCUUCGUCUGCGCCUUCGAGUCCCGUGGUGUCGAAGAUACCAGCGAGCUUUGUGGCAGCGCUCACACCGUCUCCUCCGUCGUCACCGGUGGUGACGCCGCUGUCAUCGCCUUGCCUAUCAGCGUUGGGACGGAGAUUGCGCGAGUCGGCUUCGACGGGAACGACGCCCCAAACGGGCCCACAGCUGUUGGCGCCGUUCAAACCGUCCCUGUCGCCGCUACCCCCCUCCCCUCUGUCGGCCUACUCGACUGGAGGGAGCCUGGAUUCGCCUCAGCCAAGCUUGCCUCCGACGGAGACGGCGUCGGAUGGCACCUCUUACGAGUUGUGACUCAGAGGACGAAGAAAAGACCGAUGGAGCAAGCGGACAUCGACUUGGUGCGUCUUCAAAAUCGACAGCUGCGCAAACGAACACGAGAAGCCGAUGUAGAAGACGAGGACCUGCUCCUGCCAGACGACAGCGACGUACCCGUACUUCCUACCAGCACCGAGGCACACGCAUCAUCAUUUCGACCGUCCCAGAUGGAGAAGCAAGUUCACAACGCGAUCGUGCAUCCGUCGUUACUAGCACCAACGAACACCACCGAGAUUGUCGACGCCUUCAACACGCUGCUACUGUUUGCCGAAGGUUUCUACAACAGCACGGUCUACAACUUCAUCAAAGCCGGCGCUACAUUUAUGGAACGUAUUGCUGUGCUGUCGCGUCCAGAUGCAGCAACCUGCAACAUGCUGGUGUUCUGGAUUAACUCCAAGCUCGGCAAAUUCCGCAGUCAAAUUAUUGCUGCGGACCUCCAGACGGCAGCACUUGUGGGUCAAGAGUUCACAAGAAACGAUGAUCACCUUCUGGAGCUCUUCCAAGCACUACAGGACCGCCAACGAAGCGCACAAGUAGCCGUUAAACCAAGUCGCACGCCCGGCAGCACGCGCCCCAGUUCAAGCCGCGAGUUCCGUACGCCAAAGCCGUCAUCCGUUCCACGAGACCUACUCGCCAUGCUACCCAAGCAAGACAGAAAAACACUGUGCAUGCUCUACCUUUCUCAGAAGGGGUGCACCGGCCCAGCUCCGGGACAGUGCUUUGACCCUAACAGAGCCCACUUCAAGCGGCUCGCACUCCCAGCCGACGCCAAAAGCUUUAUCGACAAAAACUUUCUCGGUCUGGCACCAGCAUUCCAGGAUCUGUGA